CAGAGACAAGGAGAGGAGGAAAGAAAUUCAGGUGAGAUAGAAAGAGAGGGCCCUGAUUCUUAUUAUAAAGCUGGGAACUUUUCAAAGCUGAAACAAUGGAUAAAGAGAGAUAGAGGAGAGAGCGGAUGAUGUGAAAAGGCAGUGAUCUCAAAAAGGGGUUCUCUGUUGUUUGUGUGUAGUUUCAUUUUGAGGAGGGAGGAGAAUUAGAGAGAGAGAGAGAGAGAGAGAGAGAGAGACUAAAGUGGUGUAGUCCUGGUUGGUAGUACACUUCUUCUUUGAUUCAGAAGAUUUUGUUGUACCUGAGAAAGGUAAAUGGUGCUGUGAAUUCAAUGGCAGUGAUGAUGAUGGCGGUGGUGGUAGAGGCGUAGAGGUCCACUCUUUCUUCUCUCUGCUGUCUUGGUUUUAAAGCCAAUUUGUAUAAAGGUUACUCAGAGCAUUUAACUCACUGAAUCAAAACCAAAACCCCAUCUUCUUCUUCACUUCAAGUUCAAGUCUUCAUUGCUUUGAACUUUUGAAGUAUCAGACUCAAUUGAACCCAGCAUUCAAAACACCAAAACAGAGCACUUUUUUUUUCUCAGUCUGAAACAGAAACAGAAAACACUCAUGAAGGAGAUGGAGAAGACCUUAGAUCCUCAGCUAUGGCACGCAUGCGCCGGCGGCAUGGUUCAAAUGCCUCCGGUGAACUCCAAAGUCUUCUACUUUCCUCAAGGCCACGCCGAGCACGCUCAAACCCACGUCGAGUUUCCGGCCACCGGCAGAAUCCCACCUCUCAUUCUCUGCCGCGUCGCCGGAAUCAGGUACAUGGCCGACCCGGAAACCGACGAGGUCUUCGCCAGAAUCCGGCUGGUCCCGUCCAACAACAACGAUCUUUGCUUAGUUCAGGACGAAGGCGGCUCUGUUGAGUCUGACGGUGGGUCUGACAGUCAAGAAAAGCCGUCGUCUUUUGCCAAGACUCUGACACAGUCCGAUGCCAAUAAUGGCGGCGGGUUCUCGGUUCCGAGAUACUGCGCCGAGACCAUUUUCCCGAGGCUGGACUACUCCGCCGACCCGCCGGUGCAGACGGUGGUCGCCAAAGAUGUCCACGGUGAGGUCUGGAAGUUCCGGCACAUUUACCGAGGCACGCCUCGCCGGCAUUUGCUGACCACCGGCUGGAGCACGUUCGUCAACCAGAAGAAGCUUGUCGCCGGCGACUCCAUUGUGUUCCUGCGGGCUGAAAACGGCGACCUCUGCGUCGGGAUUCGGAGGGCCAAGAGGGGACUGCUAGAGGGCUCGCCGGAGUCGGCGGCGGCGUCCGGGUGGAGCAACGGCGUUUCUGGGGUGCUGCCGUAUUCCGGGUUCUCGGUGUUUCUGAAGGAGGAGGACAGAAUGGGGAGAAAUGGGUUUGGGAAUCCGAGUCAGAGUGGGAAUAAUACGAGAGGAGGCAGAGGAGGAGGAGGAAGGGUGAUGCCUGAGGCUGUGGUGGAGGCCGCCACUCUUGCGGCGAGUGGGCAGCCGUUUGAGGUGGUGUAUUAUCCGAGGGCAAGUACGCCGGAGUUUUGUGUGAAGGCGUCGGCGGUGAAGGCGGCGGUGAGGGUGCAGUGGUGCUCAGGGAUGAGGUUCAAGAUGGCUUUUGAGACAGAGGACUCUUCUAGGAUUAGUUGGUUCAUGGGAACCAUAGCUUCUGUUCAGGUUAAUGAUAAAAUCCGCUGGCCUAAUUCUCCUUGGAGAGUUCUACAGGUGACAUGGGAUGAGCCAGAUUUGUUACAGAAUGUGAAGUGUGUCAGCCCAUGGUUGAUCGAGCUGGUAUCAAAUUUUCCCAUUAUCCACAUGGCGCCCUUUUCACCACCAAGGAAGAAGUUGCGUAUCCCGCAACACACAGACUUUGCUCUUGACGGGCAGUUAACGUUGCCAUCAUUUUCAGGCAACCCCCUCGGGUCCAGCAGCCCCAUGUGUUGUCUACCAGAUAACACUCCUGCAGGCAUACAGGGAGCCAGGCAUGCUCAACUUAGAUUAUCUUUAUCAAAUCUCCACUAUAACAGCAAACUGCAGUCAGGGCUGUUCUCGUCCAGUUUCCAGAGAUUCGAUCAAAAUCAAAGAAUUCCCAAUGGCAUCAGGAAUGGUCACACAAACAGCAAUGAAAACCUAUCUUGCUCGCUAACUAUGGGAAAUUCUAAUCAGAACUUGGAGAAAUCUGAUGAUGUGAAGAAACACCAGUUUUUACUCUUUGGUCAACCAAUACUUACUGAGCAGCAGAUGUCUCGUAGCUGCUCCAGUGAUGCAGUUUCACAAGUUCUUGCUGGUAAGAAUUUGAAAGCUCAGAAUCAAGGCAGAAAAAGGUUUCUAUCUGUUGGUUCAGACUCUGCUCUUGAACACUUGGUUUCACUAGAGAAAUCUACAUUUAACGAGGAAUUUCAAGGUCUUGACCUGGAUACCGGUCAUUGCAAGGUAUUCAUGGAGUCCGAGGAUAUUGGAAGGACUCUUGACCUCUUAGCUCUGGGGUCUUAUGAUGAGUUAUACAGGAGGCUGACCAUCAUGUUUGGAUUAGAAAAACCGGAGAUGCUGAGCCAUGUUCUUUAUCGAGAUCCAACAGGUGUCGUUAAACAAACUGGAGACGAACCAUUUGGUGAAUUUAAGAAAACAGCAAAGAGACUGACUAUUCUAACACGUCCGGCCAAUGAAACUAUCGGAAGGACAUGGAUUAGAGGAAUGGAAAAUGCUGGAAAUGGACUUGGUGCAUCAAACAAGGCUGGUCCUCUAAGCAUAUUUGCCUAGUCUAGUAUGACAUUGAAACCAGAUGAUGCUGCAAUACUCUGAUGCAUGUUGAAUGUUCGUUUUCACUUUAAAUUAGCUAGGAGAAAAAUGAUGUCGAACUCCUCCUAUUUUGUGAUCUUGAGUACAUUUCUAUGUAAAUGUACAUGUUCUACUAAAUACAAAUAAUGUCAGAGGUAAAAAAUUUCUUGCGUAGCUGCUGAUUUCUGGAUGUGAACUUCUAUCAAGACUCACAGGGUAAUAAUUGCAAAGCUGAUCCCACUGAGCACAUCUUCAGAAUUUAUGUGCUUUUGCGAAGUCCGAAUGUCCAGUGUCGGAUAUUCAAAACCAGAUUUCUGAUCGAACAAAUAUGUUGACUCAUUCCCACUUGAUGAUAUUAUUGCUUGUUGUG